AUGGGUAUCAAGAAGCUAUUUAGAUUAAAGCCUCCUCCAGAGGAUACUCCUGAGAUGAAUAGGGAAAUAUUGAUGACGAAAGGUAUCACUGUGAAAGGCACACAAAAAAGGAAGAAAGAGAAGUUUGCUGCGUAUGGGCAGUUUGCUAAAGAUAAAGCUAGCGAUACAUUUUACUCACCGGAAGGGUACGAACAAUAUGCUCAACCGCCUGCUCCAGAGGACCCCGCAGAUGACUUGAACAAAUCAGAACUGGAUGAUGAGAAUGGAACGAGCAAAAAGGCAUCGCCAAAGAAAAAGAGAGGCAUUUUUGGAAGGAAAAAAUCAUCAUCUCAAGAUACUGAGGGAACAGAACCGAAAGAGAAAGCGUACGAUCCGUAUGCAGUGAAUAUCGAUACGUCUGAGAACUUUUCGGAGGGGCCAUAUUCAACGAGAGAGCCCAGCAAAAACAAUGUCGGCGACACAAGAAAUAUGUCGGAUCCUUACUCCACUGCGGACCCGUAUAGCAGUUCUGAAAAACAGAACUACAAUAACGAUCCCUACUUCAGUCACGCCGGCGCAUCAGAUCCGUAUAACAGCACAUACAAUGACCGGCAGCAAAGCGGUACUGACAGAUCGUCUCCGGGAAUAAAUACGAGAGAACCAUACAGGGGCGGUGCGAUGGCUGGUGCACAAAGGGGAAUCACACCUCGCAACGCAUCUCCCAACCAACCAUAUAGCAGCCGAGACACAUCACAGUUCAGUAACCCUUACGGUGAGAGGAAUUCAGGUGACAACGUUAGCAGAAGUGACUCGAAUGACUUGAAUGCCCCUCCAGUAGAUAAUAUCAAUCUAGAGAAAAAUGAUGCGUCCGUGGGCGGUGUACCGAGAAGAGGGACUUCAAAUCCAUACGGUAAUAGGGGGCCAACUCGGACAAGAGGUUCCGCAACAAAUGUACCCAGUUCUUCAAGUCCAUUAGCAUACGGCUCCACGGGGGCAAAUACAGGUAACCCAUACGAUAACAUUGGUGCCACUGAUAUGUAUGGUAGCAGUAGUAGAGCCGUGGGUGGAACGUCGCAGACUAACCCAUAUGAGUCCAUGAACGGUAGAUCGAUGUACACCUCUCCAACGGAGGCACCUAUGAUGAAUACGUCGAAACCAAACCCAUACAAUAUUGCGAAGACGAAUACCUACUCCCUGAAUGAUCCGCCUACAGAAACAUUUACUGGUGGUCCAACCGGACCGUUGUCGGAAACAGUCUACGCAAGCCGCGAAAAUAGAGUUGCCGCUAAUGAUACUGAUGAUUUAAAUGCGCCGCUUGGAGACGUUACUGGUUUUGUGGAUAACGGAGACGAUUUGAAUGCGCCUUUGAGCGAUGAACUGGGAGGCGCGCAGCAACAGCAGCAGCAAUACCAAGAGCAGCAGCCAUGGCAAAUGGAGGAAGAAUACCAACAACAGGAGCAAUCAAAUGAGUAUGGUAAUGGCUACGGACAAGAUAAGGGGUAUGCAUCAUGGGAAGAGGUUCAAAGAGCCGAAGAGGAACAGCAACAAAGGGAGGAAGAUGAAGCUGUUGACGAGCUGAAGCAGGAGAUUAGGUUUACGAAGCAAAGUUCUGUAGCGUCCACUAGAAACACGCUGAGAAUGGCACAAGAUGCGGAAAGAUCAGGGAUGAACACGCUCGGUCUGUUGGGUCAUCAAAGUGAGAAGUUGAACAACGUGGAAACUAACCUGAACUUAAUCAAGGUCCAAAACUCUGUUGCUGACGAGCAAACUGCAGAACUGAAAAAAUUGAAUCGUAGUCUGUGGGCGGUCCACGUUUCCAACCCUUUCAACUCCAAGAGGAAGAAAAGGGAACGUGAAGAUGCCAUCAAGAAUAAAAAAAUCGAAGAGAAAAUGAUGAUGGAAGGCACAAACAGGGAUUUGUACCAAUCCACUCAAAGGAUCGAAAGUGCCAUGAAUGGCAAUGCACAUUCAUCGAGUGGUAUCCGUGAAAGGUAUCAGAGGGAGCAAGCCCUUGAACGGGCUAAAAAGUAUCAGUUUGAAAACGAUGAAGAAGAUGACGAAAUGGAACUUGAGAUCGACAGGAAUAUAAGUCAGAUCCAGCAGGUUAGUGGUAGGCUAAAGAAUUUGGCUCUUGCUGUGGGAGGUGAGGUAGAUGCGCAACAAAACCGUUUGGACAACAUUGAGAACAACACUGAUGAUAUGGAUAUUAAGAUUCAUAUGAACACUAGAAGAUUAGCUGAUAUCAGAUGA